AUGAUAUGACAACAUAUAAACAUAACCUACAUUUAAAAUGUAAAAUGUAAAUGUAAAUUUAAAAUUUGAAAAUAAUUAAGGGAAAUAUGCGUAAAUUUUUUAAUACAAAAAUUAAAUGCAGUAAACUUUUAGCUGUAUCCAUUUUAUCCUUCCUUCUGGGGGCAAUUCUAGUAACAAAUCUAUUUCCAAUCAAUAAAACUUGUCGAUUGGACAAUACCGAUAGAGAAUAUAACAUAAUGCAAAAUUCGAAACUGAAAAGCCCCGAGUUGAUAAUAUUAAUAAUGUCGGCACCUAAAAAUCUGGAAAGACGUAAUGCAAUUCGAGAAACUUGGCUCAAGUUAAGGAACCGUACGAACAAAAUCUUCAAACAUUAUUUCGUUAUCGGUAGUUUCGAGUUAGCGGCAGAUCAGAUUUUGCAUUUAAGCUCUGAGCAAUCGGUAUAUAGCGAUAUGCUAAUUCUACCAAUGGUCGAUAGUUAUGCGAACCUUACGUUAAAAGUUUUGAAUAGUUUUAUUUGGUUAAACGAACAGUUAGAUGUAGGCUAUAAUUUUAAGUACGUUUUGAAAUGUGACGACGAUAGUUUCGUUAGAAUAGACAGUUUAUUGCACGAAAUUGGGCACAUUGAAUUAAUGUAUCUCAAAUCUAACUUGACUGAAGCAAAUUUGUUGAAUGACAAUAAUUCACCGUAUCUUCGGGUGAAUGUGCAGUACAAUGAUAAAAGUGCUCUUAGAAACUUGAAUCUGUAUUGGGGAUAUUUUCAUGGGAGAGCUCGUAUACAAACUAACGGAAAGUGGACCGAAAACAACUGGAUUAUGUGCGAUUACUACAUGCCCUAUGCUUUAGGAGGAGGCUACAUCAUUUCCAAAGAUUUAGUACAUUACAUUGCCACUAAUGGGAAAUAUUUGCGCCUUUAUCAGUCCGAGGAUGUUAGCGUGGGUGCUUGGCUGUCGGUCGUUAAUAAUGUUUUACGUAUACAUGAUGCAAGGUUCGAUACAGAGUGGACUUCUAGAGGUUGUCAAAAUUAUCAUUUAAUCUCUCAUCAUUUAUCAGUAAAAUUAAUGCGUUCAAUUUAUAAUAACAUAGAAAAAACUGGUAAUUUAUGUAACAAUGAAUCAAGUAAGAGGGCAUAUUAUUUGUAUGACUGGGGAGUUCCACCUAGUAAGUGCUGCAAUAAAUAAAGUAUACCAAUUAA